AUGGGUGGAGAUGAUCAGCCCAUGCAUUCCAGCUAGUGCAGUCCAGGCAGCAAUGACAGCCUGAAGGUUGCAGCAGCAUCCGGAUCUGCAUUCCAAGUGCACAGAUCUUACAGUCUGGAGUGAUUUUACGUGGAGCUGCUCUUUAUUUGCUGAGCCAUGGCCAGUAACCAGGCCAGCCUGCAGGAUGAUCAGAGCAGGCACUGCAAGUUCUUAUCCUAUAUGUUCUACCAGGCUGUGAGAGAUCACAAGCCUGUGUGGAUGCUGGAAGACAUGAGAACUAUGGAGUAUUUUUACUGGGAGGAAAAUGCCAGCCUAAGAACCUACUCACCUUCAGAAGCCCUUCUCUAUGCAGUGGUGCAUAACCACCUGCCUUAUGCUCAGUAUCUGCUGUCUCAUUUUCCAGAGGAGGCUCUCAAGGUGCCUGGGGAACACUUCUGCUAUUGCCCGUCCUCUGCUCCGCAUUUGGCCAUGGCGGUCACAUAUGACAGGAGAGAUAUCUUGGGGCUGAUCAUCAAAAUUGCACACAAGCUCCCCAGCUUGAACUCUUACAUCAAUAGGACUGGCUGCUUUCAUCUGGAAGAUGGGAAAACCCCCCUGCACCUUGCCUGCGAACUGCUGAGGUCAGAGACGGUCCUCAUCCUCCUCGGAAACGGAGCUUCUCCCAGGAUAGAGGACAGUAAAGGGCUUACCCCGCUGGACGUCAUCCUGGAGCAGAUGUGGGACUCCAAAGUCAAUGUGGCAUCAAAGAAGCUCUGCCUCGACUACCUCUUGCUUUUCAUGCCCAACCCACAGUUUAAGAUGCGGAAAGUUCUGCAGGAGCAUCCGGACCACUGGACAGCUUUGCUGGGGGAAGACAAAUUCAACAGCCUGGUGGGGAACACACCUGCUUCUUUAUAUCUGCAAGCUAUGCAAACUAUUCUCCAGACUCUUCCCCCCUCCCACUUCCCUAAAAGCAUCCAGGAGCUACCUAUACCUCAGGCACUAAAGCCCUUACCAUCCUAUGGCAAAAAGCUACCAACAAAAAAUGUGGUAAAUGUUUUUCCUUGACUUUAUUCACUGGGUCUUGGAUUUUCAAAGGCAACUUAGGGGAUCUGGUCAUCCACCACCCUCUGCAUUUUAGUGUGAUUUUAGUACUUGACCUAUUAGGCUAUGCUGGAAAAUCCAGUAUUUUGUGACAAGGUUUUAAAUGUCUUUUCUAAUUGAUUGCAGGCACGGCACUUUUAAAGGCAAAAGCCUUCCUUGUUUUCUGUUUUGUUGUGCAUGUGAAGGGUUAACUGUAGUCGAGACUGUGUUAUGUUUGGUUUCUUAGCUGUCAGCUGGUAUCAGUGUAUCUGAAUUCCCAAUAUAACUGUAUCCUGUGUAACCUACCCAGGUAAAAAGGAACUAUGUGCCCAGAGGGAUUUUCGAAUGAUGUAUCUAUGGGACUGUGUUCUGCUAGAGCUGGGAGAAACACCGUCCUGUACCAACAGGGUUCAGAUGUCAGGUUUCCUUUCUAACAAUGAUCCACCAUCAUCUAGUAAUAGCCAGAAGGUCCAUGGCUGAUGCUGCAGGGGCGUAGAGGCAGUCCUGCAGGGUACCUGAUUUUACUGAGGUACUUUACAGCAGGUCAUAGCACAGAGGGUGUGAGUUCAGAGAGGGGCAGUGAGUGUGUAUUCCUGGGGAGGGGAGAUAGAGGUGGGCAGAAUGGCUAACUGAAAGCAUCCUAUCUCACCUGGGAGUGAGGGGGUUAAAGGCAAUCCCAGCCCUGAUGCCUCUACAGACUUGUGCAAUGGGGAAGGAACCAUUUUCCCUGCCGUCCAGUAAACAAAUGGAAAUCAGAGCAGGGCCAGUGGAAGCCCUAUCCUUCAUAAGUGACAUUAUUUCUCCUUGACUUGUGUUUUAGGGCUGAAUGUAUCUCCACAAGGGAUGUAGCACACUAACUUGAUUUCCCAGCAGGUCUCACAGCGACUGGCACCUGCUAGUUAUCCUAUGCUGGGGUAUGAUGUUCUGCUGUUAAAAGUUGUCACUUCUUGUCAAUUAGAGUAUUUUUGCCACCCAGGUCCAGACAGAGGGCCUGAUCCUGGAAAAUACAAGAAGUUCCCGUUGACUCCCCUGGGCACUGCAGGCAGGGUGUGUUUGCAAAGAGCAGGGCUGGGGCUGCCCUGCUCUCUGGGGAGCUCUGCGCCUGGCUGCCCAGGCAGAGCCCUGUCUGUUCAAGGCACUGGUCCUGCCUCUCCCGGCUGUGCUCAGCACCAACAGAGCAGUGGCAGGAUCCCAAUUCCCUUUGGGGGACAUCCCUUAUUUUGGACCUCAACAUUCUCUUUUUGUACGUGCAACUUUCCGCUCUGCUGAAGUAGCAUAACCCACUUCCCCAGAUCAGUACUGAACAGCAGUGAAGAAAUCACUCACCUCUUCAAAUUUAGAGCCAAAGGCUGUGGGGCACAAAACCCUUUUAGCAAGACUCUGUCUAAGAAAGGACGUGCAUUCACAUCUCAAUUGCUCCAUGCAAAAAUGGCUCAUGUCUCAUCUGGCUAAUCCCCUGCCUGUGCCAAGGGGCUGUGCUGGAUGGAGCUGCACCCUUUUUUCCAUCAGCACAGGGAGCACUUCCGCUGGGUUCCCCUGUGUGCAGGGUACCUCCCGUGUGCCAGGGCACUGGCGAUGCCAGCCAUGGCUAAGUGGAGAUUUCCUGCAGGGCUGCACAACCUGCCGGGCACAGCCAACUGGAACAUCCUGUCAGAGACACUGGGAUGCUCGUCCCAGACAGCCCUUCCCGCAUGCCAUGGAAACACCCCGGUGCUGGUGCCACCCAUGCUGCGCUAGGUGAAGGUGCAGACUUGCUUGUGAGAUGGAGAAAAUGUCAGCCCAGCCCUAAAAGAGGCAAGCAGGCCAUGAAGGGGUUAACCCUUCUCCUGAAAUCCCACAUCCCUGAUGCUGCAGUGUCCUUCCACCAUUGCUCCUGGGGACUUGCAUAUCUUUCCCCAUCUGUGUCUGUUCCUCCUUGUGCAUGGGGGAGGGCGUGAACGGUGGCAGAGAAAUUCAGGGUCAGUCUUGGGCGAGGGUUUUGCAGAGAGGCUGCUGGCUCGGCAGCCUCUGCAGCAGGCACAGGCUGUCACAGCUUGGGAAGCAAAGCAGAGCCCAAGGGAGAUUUGCAUUGUAAGCGGUGGCUGAGCUGUCUCUGCCAAGCCCUGCAGGCUCCCAGAAAUGCGGAGCUGUAGGCAGAGGACAAAGCAGGCACUCACUGCCCAAGGCAGAUGAGAGAAACUAUGCAGAGCACAGCCUCUGUGGCACCCCUGGAGUCCGGAGGAGCAGGGUUGGAUUUGUCCUCAGCAGCAAUGCGGUAUCUCAUCCGGAUGACGGUGGGUGAGAGGCGGAGGGGGCUGGUGGUGGAUAUUAUUAGAAUAGUAAUUAGGCCCUGGGAGCAGAGAUCCCAGGGAAGGAGGGAAGGGAAAUCAUCAACUGUUAUUGCACUGGCUUGAAACCAUGAGAGUUUCGGUGCUAUAAAGAGUUUCAGGAAAGGCAGGAGAGAGGAUGAGGCUGUUCAACUUACAAAUCAAAGAAGGCAGGUAGGCAUUCUUGGCGUUAAUGAGGUAGCACGUUCUAAGAAGGCAGAGGGAUAUACCCAGAGAGCCAGAGCAACCUACUGGGUGCAAGUGGGUCUAAAAUGGUGUAGGAAUCUCUUGUCGGACUGUAAUAGUUGUGGAUCAUUGUGAAGGUCAGGGUUCAGGCACUUUAGGCUCGAUGGGUGGAUUUGUAGCAGGCAGCAGGAUGCUUGUAUGCAUGCAUUUGUCCAUGUGGGAGGCUAUCCUCUAUACACCAGCCCAGACAGAGGAUAAGAGCUGCGCUCUCAGCAACUGCUCAAGGAACUCAAAAUCUGGAGUAUAUAUGAGUCUCGUACCACAUCCUGGAAGAAAGCUGCUGGCCCACUGUUGGACAACGUGCAAAAACUCUGGUGUGCUUGGCCCAGCGCGCAACAGGCAGCUGCCUGCACUGCAAGGAUCACCCCACAGCCCUCUCCUUCCUCCUUUUUCUGACCAUUUUAACAAGAGAUCAAGCACCAGCUGGCCCUCAGCUGUUGAGCUGCCAUCUGACCUCCAUGUGUGACAUCUCUUUCCAUCACCUGUAGCGAUGUGACUGCAGGAUGGGGCAUCCUUCUGCUGGAGUGGAGGAAUCUUCUCCCUAAACCUGUUUUGCUUAUCUUGCAGUGACCUGCCUGUUAGCUUAAGAUCCCAUUUGUCUUCCUGCUCAGUACAGUGACAUUACAUCAGAUACAGCCAAAUCUACCUCAGCCCCAUCUGUUUUGAUUUUUUUUCUCCAUUUUUUCCUAGCCAGGUCAUUAGCAAAAAUAAACUCAAAAUAUUUUCCACACUUCCUGCAACCUGACAGUUGGUAGUCUUGAAAAGCCCCUAUGCUUGCAUGACAAAUAUGUUAGUGACUUGGUUAAUCAAAAAGGGUGCUAGGUGCUGUGUGGUGAUAUUUACAUUUAGCAUACGUACAUACUGAGUAAGUGUAGCCAAGAUCUCUAUUUCUGAACUUGGGAAAGAGAAUAAAAGCAAGAGAGAAAAGGGAGAGGGCGAAGUCUUUGCUAAUCUUUGGAUUACCGGUUGGCUCUGCAGGUUACGUCUUUCUAAUUUCAAUUUUGAGGAGUAGCAUUGUAAGGAUCUGAGGUGUGUGCGCACGUGUGACUUCAGUUGCGAUGUAUCACUUCAGUGAGCACUGGGGGUGACUGUGGUGUGUGCGUGUGCACCUGUGUGUGUAAAUGUGUGGGCCCGCGUGUGCACAUGCGUGUCUGUGUCUCUGUCUGCCCUCUCCUGGUAAAACUCGUAACUGACUUACCGUACUUGUACACAUCAGUGAUCAAUGCCUUAAGAAAGCAGCCUUUUCACGAGAUAAGUGUGUGUCCCAAGCUCUGUGCUGCUAACAGGUAACGACAUUUCUUUUCUCUUGUAAAGAGGCAGCAGCUUUGCUCUUGAAAUGGGUGUUUUACCCCUGGACACCUACCACAAGGGCUUCUGCUCUCCAACAGCCACAACCAUCCAGCGAAGGGAUUGUGACAGCAGACACAUUUUAUUCUUGAAUCCUUUUUUUUUUUAAUAAAAUCUAUUAAACAUACAUCUUUGUCCUUCUUUUAUCUGGGCUGCCAGCAAAAUUCAGCCACCUAUGACUUCCUAACCCUAUGCUUCUGUCUAUUUCUGCAGCACCAUUAGCAGGAAGGACAGGCCAGAUUCUGACCUCACUUACAGCUCUGUACAUCUGAAGUAACGCUUUUUAAGUCAAUUGCAUCACUCCUGAUGUUUGUUGGUCUAAAGGAAAACAGAAACUGUUUAUGCUCUUAUAUUCUUCAAGGCUCCAUAACUCUGACUUCAGCAUAUAAAUAAAUGUGACGCUUAAUCCCUGAAAACGUUUUUUAUGUUUUUGGUACUUUGAAUGUAUAUAGAUAUAUAUUUUCCAUCUCUCUAACACCGAUGGGCAUUUCCCUGUUUCCAGUUCCCUUGGUGUUUUUUGGGAUCAGCAUGACAGUGGCAGAUGCUGUUGUUCACUGAUUAAGACCAAAUGUUGCCAUGUCUAAGUACAAAUGAAUGUUCAUUGUAUUAUAUGACUUUCUUAUAAAGCCAUACUUUUGUAAUUUUGGUUUCUCUUUUUUAGGGGAAAAAAUAAACUUCCAUAUAAUUGUGUUUGUA